AUAAUGUUACUGUGUCAUGUAUUAUGAGACAGAGGGAGCAUAGUUUAAUUAAAGUGAGGUUACAUCCAUCUUUCAAAAUAAGAGGGAGUACAUGCCUUUCAUUUUAAAGCAAAAAUAAGUCUUUUGAGUUUUGACACCCAACAAGAUAUAAAGUUAAAAUAAACCCAUUUCCUCAACACGAAAAAAAAAAAAAAAACAAAAAAGUUUUAAAACCCACAAUUCGUAAAGCAAGAAGUUACAAGUUACAACAGAUUACAGAGAUGAAGAAGACAACAAUGGAGCAAGGGAAGAAGGAAACUAAGAGAGUGCUGAUAACAUUUGACAUCGAUAGAACCUUUAUUCGAAGCACUGGUCCCAAUUCCAACCACCUUCAUCGUCAAGCUUUUUCCCAUGCUUUGCUCCAAGUUUUUGGAAUUGAUGGUACAAUCGAUGUCAUUCAGCAUCAUGGUUCGACCGAUCCUGCAAUCCUUGUGAACACGCUUGUCCACUAUGGGAUACCAUCUGAGGUUUCUACUGAAAAGCUCUCGGAUUUAAAGUCAAAGAUGAUUGAAUAUGCUAAGGGUCAUGCUAAAGACAUUGGAGAGGGUCUUGAAGUGCUUCCUGGUGUUGAAUCUCUCCUUCAAACUUUGUCAUCAAGAGAUGCAUAGUCUUUGGACUAGUUACUGGCAACUUGGAAGAGGUUGCAUGGAUGAAGAUGGAAGGCUUGGGCAUCGAGAAAUAUUUUAGUGUUCCACAUAUUGGAGGGUUUGGGAGUGAUCACAUUGACCGAGGUCACCUUGUCAAAAUUGCAGCAGAAAGGGCUGAAAAGCUUUUUCCGGGGAAAUUUGAUUUGCGAGUGCAUGUUGGAGAUACAGUAUGUAAAAUUCCAAAUGAUAUUCGAGCAGCUGAAUUUGGGGGAGCUUUGGCAAUUGGUGUUUGCACUGGCAUCUUUGGGAAGGAGGAGCUGGAUCCAGCUAGCACUGGAGGAGCUGUCGUUCUCCAAAAUCUUUCUGAUUGUGAGAGCUUCUUAAAUUUGCUGGGUCUUUGAAAUUGGGUCCCUUUGUAUACUGGUAUUUCAGGUGACCACAGUAAUUAUUGUUGUUCCAAAUCUAUUGAUAUGCUUGAGUGGAGUUCAAAUAUUUAUGUCAUGCAAUAAUCUUACAUUGACUGCCAUUUCUAAUAUUUUGACAAUCUUUAGCAGAACUGUUCACAAAGUUUGGGAUAAUGAAAUGAGAUGGUUGUACAUUUAAUUUCUUAGCUUUUCCAGUGACUAAUAUAGUACUUACGAAGUUACAAACUCUCCCUUAGUUGCUCUUGCACCUCCCCUCCACCCUUCCACAAAAUAACAGAAAGAUAUUUAUCAGCUGAAUUAUGGUUAUGAUGUCAAAAAUGGUGAAGCUUUUAUAGUUUUAUUAAUACUAGGGCGGCUAAUGUGUGGCCGCGCGUGCCAUUGCUAGCCAUGUUUGGGAAGGUCUUUCGAUUUUGCCUUAUGUCACAACUUUAGUUGUUGGUACCAUUAAUGAGGGAAAAUAUGUAAACAAAUAUUUAUGAGGGUAUUAAUGUCCCCACACUAUUCUUAACAGUUCAAAGACUGAGACAAUUAACAAUAAGGUCAAAUAGGUAAAUACAUAUUUUAAGGGCUAUAAUUGUCCAAACACUAUUCAUAAGAGUUAUCUCAAACUUUUUAAAAGGUAGAGAUAGGGAUUGGAUUUUCAAUUAUUUCUAGUAAUUUUUUUUCCCUCAAAUUCUCUCCCUUGCUCUCAGUCUGAUGGUUGAGAAGAUCUGAAUUUUUUAAGGUCUUGAAAUGAACACUAUAAAAUGCAGUCAUAUUGAUUAUGACAGAGGCCCCCUAGCUAUAACAUUGGUGGAACUGUGGAAGCCUUUUUGUGCACAAUGUUUGUACUACACUAAGCAUUUUUGUGCACUAUGUUUGUACUACAUGAAGCCUUUCUGCAUCAGGUUGCUGAUGAAAUUAGUUCUACUCAGCAAUCACGUCACUUGAUCUUUUUUUUUUUUUUUUUUUCCCUGGCUGGUUCUCUCGUUUAUUGAUUGAAAUCGUUGAAUAUAUUAUUGCUUGCAACUGAAUGACCCUUUACAUUUUGAAACUGUAAUAAUGGCUAAUGACAAAGAUAUACGGGGUAUAAUAAUUGAGUAGUGGGAGCAUUUUGCUGAUGCCUUAUAUGGAGUAGUUUAAAGUUGCAAUCAAUCACAGUUGGUGUAAUUUUUAAAAUUAAAAGCUAGGGUAAAAAGUUUGCCAUUUGCCAUUUUCAAAAGGAAUAUAAAAUAUUGGAGUUCAUUGACUUCUGGCAGGUCAACUACUAUUCAAUAUUCUAUAUACUGUUUUGGUAUGCUUAUUCAUUCCUUUUGAUAGAAGUCCAGAAGUCUAUAAAGUAUUCAUAAUUUAUAUAAAUGGGUGUAUGAAAUAUGCUGAAUAUUCUCUGUGACUUUGAACUUUUAAAACAAGGUAGAACCUUGUCUUUUGAACUCUGUUUGCAUCUAUCUCUACAAACUACCUUGUCAGAACCAAAAAAUCCUCAGAGGAAAGAGAGAUGGAACAAGGGAAGAAGGAAAUUAAGAGAAUACUUGUUACAUUCGACGUCGAUGGAACCUUAAUUCAAAGUGAUGGGACCAACUCUAACCAUUUCUUUCAGGCUUUCUCCUAUGCUAUCCUGCAAGUCUUUGGAAUACAUGGUACUAUCAAUGUUAUUCAGCCUCAUGGUUCGACUGACCCUGCAAUCCUCGUGAACACACUUGUCCACUACGGUAUAUCAUCUGAGGUUGCUACUGAAAAGCUCCCGAUUUUGAUGUCAAAAAUGACUGAAUAUGCAAAGGCUCACGCUGAAGACCUAGGAAAGGGUCUUGAAGUGCUUCCUGGUGUUGAAUCUCUUCUUCAAACCUUGUCAUCAAUGGAUAAUGUAAUCAUUGGUUUGGUUACAGGUAACUUGGAAGAGACUGCAUGGAUGAAAUUGGAUGCAUUGGGUAUCAAGAAGUACUUUAGUGUUCCGCAUUUUGGAGGAUUUGGGAGUGAUCACAUGGAUCGAGGUCAUCUCAUCAAAAUUGCAGCAGAAAGGGCUGAAAAUCUAUAUCCUGGGAAAUUUGAUUCCCGACUGCAUGUUGGAGACACACCAAACGAUAUCAUAGCAGCUGAAUGUGAGGGAGCUUUGGCAAUAGGAGUUUGCACUGGCGUUUUCAGAAAGGAGGAGCUGGAGCAAGUCAGCAAUAGAGGCGCUGUGAUUCUUCAAGAUCUCUGUGAUCAUAAGAGCUUCAUAAAUUUGCUAGUAAUAUAAGUUGAAUUAUGUUAACACGUGCUACAUUAUGUAAGCAAGGGGUUGCAAUAUGUCCUGUUAUGCCUUAAAUAACAUCUAAGUUUAUCAUUUCAAAUCUUAAUCUGAAUGCUCUUUAAAGCUUGAAAUCAGCCAAAUUCAGUUAUUCACCUAGUGUGGUCAUGCUAUGUAGAGUACUUUCGUGUAUAUGCUCUUUCACCUCCCUGUUUUGGAGGAGCUUUCCUGUUGCAAUUGUUGGUAUUUAAAGCAAAGUAUCUUUUUUCAAAGAUGUACAUCCAAAACUUAAGUUGACUUA